UUUCAGGACGAAGACUCGAAAGCCUCUUGUUGCCAUAUUUUGUUAAGCCGUUAUUUUUCCACCAAAACGUGCAUACCUAGCGAAAAUUCAAUUGUUGCGGAAAUAGCUCAGGAACGCGAGAAAGACGCUCGGGCUUUAAAUGUGAGUAUCGUUGGACACCCUUCUCUAACACUUGCGGCUGGUGCUCUUAAUUAGGGGGAUCUGCAGCAGAAGGAUGGGAGAUUUUUGAAACGCCCGUUGCUGCCUUGUUGAGGAGAAUUGGACGGAAUGCAAACUUCUACGCCCCUUGUGAGGCGGAAGAUGCACGAGAAGGCGCAGCUAGUGCAACAGGUGCAGCGUCGGUGUGAAGUUGGCCGCGCGAUCUUCGCGGAUUCCAGAUCCGUCCGUUUAGUUAAUUUUCGGGAGAGACGCGGUCGCGCGCUUUCGGCCGGCUCCGCGUCCGGUCGUACACGGGUCACCCCGAGUGCUCGUGCUAUUCCGCUCGUUCGCGUCGCGACGUGUCGCGAGUGAAAAAGUGUCCGCGUCCCGGUGCGUGCGAUUAACCUCGUUUCCGCGAGUAUCGCGACGGGAAAAGUCGCGGGUCAGUGUUGUGUCGCCACGAGGAAGCGGCGCGACAUGGAGAUCUCCAGGGAGAGGAGGAGGAGGAGGAGGAGAAGGAAGAGGCAUCAGACGUCGGCGGGGCAACCCAGGGAUUAACGUCCGUUCGUGAGCUGCGACCCCCGCUGCUGCUGCUGCGUUGUGCCUGUCGGUACGACAGCCCGGGAAGAGCGGGAAUAGAAAAUAGUGUGAAAAGGAACACAUCGUGACAAAUUUUCUGCGACAUGCACGGAAACUCGGAAAGUGUGGCAAAUGCAUCCGGUAGAACCGAUAAUCGAAUUUACGGGCAAGGAAAUCGUAUCUUCCAUCAGGUAAACGUGGAUGACAUCGUUCGUAGAGAUUUCGUCGUUUCGGGCGAACAGAAUCGUUCGCCGUCUGUACAUUUGUGCGGUGCGACGGAACUCUGUGGCCUGUCGACGACGAAAAGGUCCGCGCACCAUGGUCGUCGCCCACACUUUCACUAGAAGGCCCGCUCUCCUGGAGGAGGAGGUCAGCCGGGGUUAACGACGAAAACUGUAUCGCGUCACGAAACCGCCGCGGGCAUUAGCAUACGAACGAAGGGCGCGCCGCGUGUCCGAGAAGGCCAGCUCGAGCGUAUACGGGCAGCAUGGACGUGCGGAUGGACGGAUGGACGGAUGGACGGGAAGACGAGGAGAACCCGGGAGCUGAAAAAUGGCGACCGAUGGCCAUAUCGAAUCCGUCCACCAAGUUGCGAAUGGCGAGAUCCAUGCCUCACUGGGUCAUGGCGCAGCAGCAGCAGCGGGAAGCAGAGCAGCAGCUUCUUCGACCCCCGACGCCCCCGAAAAUCCCGCCACCGUCGCUCACCGGGGACUGUGGUGACCCCGACUACGAGAUCAUCGAGUUUCCGACCCGACCGCAAGCCCAGAAACCCUCGACCCCCCGAUCGUGUGCCGGUAAGUGCGCCUUGUGCGGCACCGAGAACGUGUUCGCGCGAUGCGACACGUGUAACGAGAUCUACUGCGAGGCCUGCGACGACAUGAACCACAAGCACCCGAAGCGGAGAGGCCACAUCCGCAGAAGGAUCCUGACUGACAACGCGAUCAGAAACAGACCGCCGCUCCCGCCGAAGGGGGAGAACCUGUUGAAUCCUCCGCCGGUCCCGCCGCCGCGAAGGAACCGCAAGUCCACCCAGGCUAAAUCGGCGCUAAUCAAAGGAUCCGCGCAAUUCCCUUUGCUCGACAAGGUCGGGAGUUUGAGGCGCAAUGUUUCUAAUGCGAAACCAUCGCUGGACUCGAGCACAAGAGUGUCGCAAUCUACGAAUACAUUAAACACAUCUUCCAACGAUGGUUCAGGAGCAGGAACAGACAAAAUGACUACACUACAGGAGAGGUAUAGAAAAUAUCAGGAAGUGAUGCGAGCUCAAGACGCGAACAGGCGACGACACCCAUCCGCUGAUACGAGGGACACUUCGAGCGGAAGACAACUCAAUGUAGGCAGUCCUAAACCGCCACUUCCACCUCCGCCGCCCCCUAGAACUAUGAUACAAUCAGCCAGCGUUUGUGAUUUGACCUCUGCUCAUAUGUGGAAUUCAGGAAUGCAUCAGGCCCAGUCGAUAGCACAUCUCGGACCUGGCGGCAUGCCGAUGAUGUGGUAUCCGCCAGCUAACUCCUGGGACGUAUCGAUGGGAGGCUCUAACAUUAGUCUACAUCAUCCAAACAUGUGGGGAUAUCCCAUGGGCUAUCCGUCAGUGCAAAUGCUACCUCCACAUUAUCCGGGAUCUCUCUCUAGAGGACACAGUCCGGCCAGGAGCGUCAAGUCCAGUAGAAGAUCAAGGGCGCCGUCUCCGUCUCCCAGUCUGAAAUCCAAAAAAUCUUACGCUUCGAGAUCGCGAUCGAGGAGAUCACCCGGGUCACCGUCAGAUGCUAGUUCCGAGAACUCCGAUGAAUCUGAUGUGGACGACAGACUUUCUCGUGGAUCCAGAAGUAGGCGCGGCAGCGUUCCCAAAAGCAUACGACAGCGAAGUUAUCAUGACGACGAGACCAGAAGUCUCGCGUCUAGAGGUCGACGAGAAAGAUUAAUGUCCGAAGAAAAAAUAAUAAAUGCCGAUGAUCGAUGGUCUGAAAGUCCGUCCAGUAAACAAUACUCGACAUCCUCGAGAAGCUAUGAUGAAUUUCAAAAAAGCAAUACUAUCUCUUCUGGACGACGAUACAAUGACGAUGAUCACUCGGUUUCGAAAAUAGAUCCUCGGCUGGAUCGCAUUCAGAACGGGACUUAUCGUCGAAGACGAAGUAUCGACAAUGAGUCCUCUGAUCGAAAAGUUAACGCGCCGGGCCGAACACGAGUUACAAGCUCGUCUGAUGAUCAUUUCGAGAGGGUGGAAAAUGCUUUGAAGAGAGCGUCGUCUCUUCGAAGGGACAUAAUGCUGGAUGACCUGGAACGAUCCUCUAUUCGUCGCGAUUCUCGUAGAUCAUCCUUUGAGAGCGAUGGUCAGAUCAGGAAGACACCUUCCCGAGAUGUGACCUCUCCAAAAAGAACACCCGGAGAAAGAACACGCCUUCUGGAGAGGCAGUCUUCUCAAGGUGGACAUUCAGAUAGGGAUCGCGUGAACGUAGACGAGAUCGAAUCGCGUUCGUCAAGAAAAGAUCAACAAGUGCGUGAUGUCUCACGAGAACGCAAUCUUGCGAGGAGAGAAUCGCUCCAACGAAAGGAUAUUCUUGAUGAUCUAGACCGGACUUCCAACAAACGAAGUUCCGAUAGAUCUUCGUUCGAAUCCGACAAUCAAGGCAUUAGAAAAACACCCUUCAAGGAAAUAAAAAAACAGUUGGACAAGGAUAAUCGAAAUCUGCCUGAAACGAUAAGUAAUGAAGUUAUGGAUCGUCAGCGAUCGAUCGAGAAGGACCGUCAGUCGAAGGAUUCAGUACGAACUGCCGAGGCGCAACAAAAGAGACAGGACAGCGGACAAGAAGAGACGAAACAACAACAAGCGCAAACGUCUCAGUCUCAGAAAGAGUCAAGGGUAACAAAGAGAGACACUGUUGAAAGUGCGAGCACAUCAUCUAAGAAAAUCACGUCCGACGAGGCGGUUGGCGUAAUGGAAAUUCCGAAAGAGGAAUGGGCCUGCGAACAUUGCACCUUCAUCAACAAGAUCAAUGAUCGCGUUUGCGUAGUUUGCUGCAAGACGAAGAGCAGCGCAUUGCCACCGAGCACCUUGAAUGACGACUCCGUGGCCGGCCCGAUCGAACAUCAGGCACCGAAAAACGAAGCGCCGAACAGCGUCGGCGAUCCCAAUCACGAGCCCGAUAAGCGGAUCAAGAAGAUCUCCAACAGCGAAGAGAGCGGCGACAGCGGAUCCGUCAAGAAUAAAGAAAUUGCUCCAGACAAUGAUUCUCUCGUAGAGAACUCUAAAACUGCAAUCACGGCUGUAGCCUCACAAGCAAAAGAAACGUCGUCGAAAUCGACAGACGCGAUCGAUGAGAACUUGUCGUUAGAAGUGUCAUCCUCGACGUUAACGUCCUCUUCGAUUGCGAAAACCUCCGAGGUAGACAUGAGCGUGACGUCACACGAGGAAAAAAUUCAAGGAAAACUUUUGAAGAACCAUUCAGUAUCUACAGGAACAUCUCCUCCGCCACAGAGUAUCUCAACUCAAACUUAUGACUAUCUCCCUGCAAAAGGGACUCUCAAAAGGUCCGCGUCUGUAGCAACGUCAAAGAGUUACUUGUAUUACGACGAUAGCGACGGUGAGGAGCAGAGCGGAUUCGUAAACAGUCCCGAUUUGUAUCCGCGAGCAUUGCAGGAACAGUAUCUUCAGCAACUGUUAACCGGACAGCGAAGUAGAGAGCGGACCAGAAGAAACUCCAUCGACUCGUCCCAUCUCUAUUAUCGUUCCAGGGAACCCAGCCAAUCGAGAUACGUAGAGACAGGUCCUAGUACCAGUCAAGGAGUCUCGACGUUAACGCGUCAAGGGUUGGAGAUAGUGGAGCUCCUGCGAGAAGCCGAGAAGCAGGGAUUCACGACCGACGACGUGCAAGUCGCGUUGGCGCAAGGCGCAUCAAAUCCGAUCGAGUGGCUUCAGACGCAGUGGCCGCAUCUGGUUGAGACUGUGCAAGUCUUAGUGACCACGCAGGGCAAAGAACUGAAGGAGAACAGCAUCGGUGUGCUCUCGCCGGCUGAGGCAAAGGAGGCUCUGCGAUAUGUCAAGGGUGACAUGUGGAACGCAGUCGCGACUGCCAUUCAACGCAGGCAGCAGAAAUGCGAACAGAUCAUGGCAAAGGGAAACUUCGCGCUUGCGGACGUUAUCAGGGCUCUCGACAAUAACGCUGGUGUCGAGGAUGCCACUUUGCUCGAGCUGCAGAAAAAUCAGCUCAAGCCUUUUUUAAUGAGGAUCUGGGGUCCUCCGAUCGGGGUGGAAAACGAGGAGGCUGCACCGCAUGAAGACGCAGCGGGUGCGGUCGGUGGUGGGGCGGUGGAACAAAUUCCAAAUAUGUCCGAUACCGAGGCGCAGAAGCAGGUAAUAUCACCAAUUGUUGAUCAUUUCGUGGCGUUGCAGGCCGACUUUCAAAAGCAACUGGCAGCCCUCAGAGAACUGACCGAUAACUGGCGACACGAGAAAGAUCCCCCGAACAAAUUGGGUAAUAAUAAGUCUGAUAAUCUGUACGAACGCUCUGAUGAGCUCACUGUUCUAAUCGAUGCAAAUCUGGUCCCAAGGGCCGUACAACAAGCGCCCGACGUAGCGGAGCCGAACGAUCUUGCGAUCGCGCGGCAAGAACAGGCGACUGCCGUAGAUUCGCGGGACGACUAUUCUUUGAACGCUACGAAACCGACAGAAGGCCUGAUCCAAGUAGACACCGCGUUGCCCAUGGAAAUUCCCGCGACCAUAAUCGAUGAUCUCAUGAGGACAAGUGCGACAAACUCCUCACGCGUGCCUGAACAUUCUUCUGAAAUUGACAAUGCUAACCGUGCGGUCGGAGAAACAUCGUCAAUUGACUCUGACAAAACCGUCAUGCGAAUUACCGAGUCGUCCGAUAUACCAACAUCCGAUGGUCAAAAGAGCAACAACGUCGAGGUGAAACAAGCCGCGCCGUCGCGCGAAGAGACGAGAGCAACGGGCAGCGACAUCUCGACGACAUCGAUCGACGAGGCUGCAGUGACGACGAAAGUAGUUACGAAUUCACUGGAUGAACAGGAAAGACUGUUGCCAAAUAAUGCCGGAGUUGAAGAAUCCUCAUCGAGCGAAGCUACGGUUAAUAUAACGAAUAAUACGGAACUGGGUCAGUCCUUUUCCGCAUACCAGGAAACUUUGAGAGCUGAAUUAUCUUCUGAUAUAGUGGGACGGAGCACCGCGACGGGGAACAGCAAGUCACUCGAAGUUGGAAAGUCUGCGCAACUGAACGGAGCGCUUGGUGUCUCCGUCCAGGAGUCGAGUGGUCCCCAACGAGCCGAUGUUCUGCCGGAGAAGACAUCAUCACAGGACGUAACUACAAUCGCGGAUCCGGAAAACAUGAUCUCUUCAGAUCUCUCCGUGAGGGAUCUUUCCGCACGGGAACAAUCUGAUCGGUCUAUCACAGAGGAAGUUCCCAAGCAGAACAUGGAGACUCUACUGUCCGCUGUGAAAUCGUUGCCGGAGCAGUUUGUGACGUCGUUCAUAACGGCGAUGCAGAUGCUGUCGCCCGGGAAAAGUGACGUCGACGCAACUUCUGACGUGCGGCUCAUGAACCAAUUAAAUACUCUACACAGCAUGAUGAAGACAGAGGACCCGAAAACCAACGCGCUCGGAGUCGAGAUCACCGAUAGGACGAAUGUUGACGUUCCGCGGGACUCGGCGGACGUUCCACCGAAUAACGACGAAGAGAAGCCGCCUGCUUCUCGAGCAGCCGUGCUUGAGAAGAAAGUCGGAUCGCGGUUGCCACGGGAGAAGAAGGAUCGGGAGGAAGGAGACAAACGUUCGGAGAAAGGUCCUGAGAAAUCGAGAAGCGGCAAGAUCGUCGAUAAGGAGAUCGGCAGAUCCAAGCCUCCGGAUUCUCGGAUGGCGAGGCCCCGCUCGAGCGUUCCGGACAUUAAGCAGCAGCAUCAGGAUGUCAGAUCGGUACGUACAGACACGAACGCACAGUCCGACGUCUCUCAAACUAACAUCGCAACGGAUCUGACACCCGAAACGUUUUCCAACUCGGACUCAACGGUGGAAGAAGAAGAUAUUCCCGAGGAAUCGCGGACUACGAACGUGAUAGCAGUAAACGUUGCCGGGGAGACACAUUCGCGUAAGAAUUCUUUAGACAUAAUCGACACGCAGUUCACAGGAAAUAACAAUCAAGAGAGACCUGUCGCAGACGAAACCAUGUCGGAGGCGAGGUCAGCUGGGGAAACUCAUUCAGGUGAAUCAUCGAGUUCUCACAUGCGAGCACCGUUAACAGUAUCUUCAGCGCAUGAUCAGUCUGUCGUCCAGAAACCUCACGAGCUCGCGAUCGCAUCCGGCGAUGGCUCGACCGAUGCGUCGCCAUCAUUAUUAUCAUCAUCAUCAUCAUCAUCAAAGGAAGCGGAAAGCUCUUCCGAAAAAGCGCCAUCUCAUGAAAAGCUUCUCGCUGAUAACGCCUUCACAGACACUGAUCCACUGCUAAAAAGCGACUCAACGCGAGAUAAAAGUUCAUUAGCUUCAAAUGAUUCUAACGCUAGAGAAUCUGCUUCUCGAUCUACGAAAACGAGAGAUUCGCCCGCUCGUAGUUCUAACACCGAUCGUGCGCCCGCCGCGACUAAUACGCAAUUGACCGACCAGCGGAAUGUUAACAAACGGGACGAACGGCAAUUAAACGAUUCAUCUCGCGCGCGUAUUUUAACACCAGCCUCGCCGACUCCAUCCCCCGCGAAAGCGCCCGAUCGUUCUUCUCUCGACGUUAAAUUACCGCCCGUCGAAAUACUCGAUAAUCACGAUGGUGCGACAUUGCGUCAUGAUACAAAGCCGAUCGUACCGAAGAAUGCGGUGCACGUUUCGGAAAAAGUGGAACAGACAAUUUCGGUCACAUAUCACACUCCCGCGAGCGACGAUAAAAAUGAAGCCACGCUGAAAGAAAACGUGUCCGUUGAGCGAAAUACGGUCGAUGAUUUAUCCAUUACUCAAUCGACGACCCCAUCGCCAUUAACACGCUCGCAUUCCUCUCCCGCGGAAAUAAAUUCAAAUAAAUCUCAUGAUCAAGGGAAGGAAGUUACAUUUAUCUCGUCAACAUCCGCCGAUUUUUCAAUGGUCAAACGAAAUCAAGACAAAUUAUUGAAUCGGACAAAAAGUCCAGAGGUAGUUGCACUUCGCGUAGCGCACGUAGAAGCAACAAUGUCACUCUCUUCUCCUCCAAAAAGUAAUAUCGAAGCCAAUGCUUGCCCCGAAAAUACCUCGCAUCUUGAAAUAUCGAACGGCUUUGACGACCCGAAAGCUUCGAGAGUUAUUAAAAUUGCAGAGGAUGCCAAAACGGCAUCUAUUCCCGAAACUUCAGAAUCAAUUGUCCGCGAAAAGUUCGUAAAUGCAAAUAUUGAUAAUCCUCUCGAAGGAAAUACACGCGGUCAGUUAUGCGAAUUAUCGAACGAUAGUAAUAACGACAGGCAGUCUCUUCGACUACCUGUCGAACGCGAUCUUCCCUCGGAGUCGAAAAAAAGUACCUCGUGUCCCGCCCUAUGCGACGCGGAAGUUCGUUCGUCCGGGGACGAAGUUUCUCAAUCUCACGGUGACGGGAAACAGGACGCACAAACGUCAGAUUCAGCGACAAGCAACAUCUUACGUGCGCUUAAAAAUCUCAAUAUAUUCUUCGCAGCGCCGACCGAGGGGAGAAAUGCCGCCUCAACGGUCGGCGAAGGCUCCCUUCCGGAUCCUAUUAUGGCGAAUGUCGUCGGCGACGUAACGCCCGGAAUACCUGACACCUUCGAAAUAAAGAUAUCGGAAUCACCGGUGACAACGGUGAACGAUUGCGCGCCGAUAAAGAACAUCGCGAGUGUCGUCGAGACCGGUCGAACCGGAGGCGUUGAUACGAUCGGCGCGGAAAUCGGUGCGAGAGAUGUCGAUUCGUCCGAGAACGAAGUUUCAAUUGUCGCACAUAACGAACCGGUUGAACCGGCGCGGUCAAAAUUACCGUUGGAAAAAAACAGCGAACGGGUGAAUCAAUCUCGCAAAAGCGCGAUCGCGAAACCCGUCGUGAGAUCGAGAUCGCCUGUUAAAAAGAUCGUCCGAAGAAAGUCGCCCGUUAAGAUAAUAAAAAAAUCGGCCAGUGUGCCAAAGAAAAACUUAGCGCGGAAUAGCGCAAGUCCAUUCAGUACAAUCGAUAUAACGUCCGUCGCAAAAGCGAAAGUGACGACCAGCGAGAUCGCUAAGAGGUCGAAUCGAACAACGCAAUCCGUCAAAUUACGAAUUAAAGAGCCUUCAAAGUACGCGAGCGGCGGGACGGACGGUAAAAAUAAAUCGGUUGCUGAUAACAAAAUGGAGAGAGAUAGUUCAAAAUCUGAAACCUCUUUGUCGUCGGAAAUACCAGAUAAAACUAUUGAACGGUCAUUAAAUAAUAGCAGCGCGCAAAAAAGUAUUGAAAAUAUCAAAGUAAAUGAUAAUAAAAGGGUUUCCACGUUCGAAGAGAAAGCGUCGAUAGUCAAUAACGCGACCAAUCUCGAACCGCAAACUAAAUUGCCUGUUGUUAAAAAAUAUAAUGGAAAUAAAUCGGAAAAUUCUAAAAAGAGAUCGCUCGAAUAUUUUAAAAACAAAAAUAUUGAGGAUGUCCUAAAUAAAAAUCCGGGAGGCUCGAAUAGUACGAAAGUGAAGGCUUUUGAAAAUCAAGCAGUAGAGAAGGUAAAUCGAAAAACUAAAAUCUCGAGUGGCAAAAUUUCAGUAAAAAUAGAGAAGGAUAAUUCAAAACCUAAAACAGCUUUACCGUCGAAAAUACCUAUUCUGAUGCAACGAAAAAUCGCUCAAUCUGCAGAUACUGCUGUGUCAAACCCCUGUAAAAUAAAUCUAAAUGACACGUCUUUAUCGAAAAAUGCGUCAACCAAAUUGCCAGUGAUGUCUCAAGCAGUUUCGAAAUUAUCGCUACAAAUUCAGGAAAGAGCGAACGUAUCGAGUCCACCAACUGUGCAGAAAAUUGAUUCCGAUACUAACAAACUGAUGAGAAAUCAAAUUAAAUCUCGUAACGGAGGUACGAUUGAAAUUACAGAAAAUGUGAAAGACAAGCAAAUCUCGGAGGAGAGUCAUGAUAAAGAGAGCACCGUGGGAAGUGAAGAAACCGAAGAGCCGUCGAAAGUUAAGUCAAUAGAAUCGGAAUUAAACGAGAAUUCACAAGCGUCGAACUCGACGCAUAACGAUCCGUCCACGGAUCUUGGCAAACAAUUGGAAGUCGAAAACGCAAUUGAGGAAAGCUCGGAUGCUUUCAGCUCGAGUUCCGAGUAUUCUGAAGAGGACGAAGACACAGGUACGGCGAAGUACAUUUCUGAUCAUAACUCGGAAUACAAUUCCGUCGAGGAGGAGUUCACGGACGCGGAGUUGUUGUUGGAAAAAACGCUAAAUGAGAUAAGGUCUGAAAUAUCGGAGUCUGAGGAGGAGGGGUGCACAGGCGAAUCCGAGGAAAGUGAGGACGUCACUUAUUCGUACGAGACGGAAAGCCACGAUCAUGAUGAUUCCACGUCGUUCGACGACUCGGUACGGGAGAUUAAGUCGAGUGAGCUCGAGGAUUCGGCGGAGGAAGAUGCAUAUGAAGAACUACCAUCCGAAGGGGAAGAAGCGAAUGAAACUUUGGAAGAAUUUCAAACGCCUGAUAAAGAGAUCGAUGAUACAAUACACAACGAAACGACUAAUGACCGAGCCAAUAUUUCGAGUGCAAUGGAGAAUAAUUCUCAGGUCGCGCAAGAAGAUGGAAAAAGUAAUUUGAAGGCACCAACUCUGGAAGCCACUGUGGUCAUAGAAUUAUCUCGAUCGGAAAUAAACACGGAAAUCGAUGAAAAGAUAUCGGAAGUUUUUCAAAGUCUUGAAACAGAGUCUAACGUUGUAACGGAUUUAGCAGCGUCCUCGACGAAGGUUGGGCCGAGUAUAAAAUCUAAGGAAAAUAUUUCGUUGAAAGCGAACGAGACGCAGAAAAAUGAGACGGAACUCGUGGACGCGAACAAAACUGAGGAGAGAGAUCAAUCGACAGUACAGAACGACACAAUAAAGACACUGAGAGUCACGAAUAACGAAUCACGUGAGAAACGCGUGAAGGCAGGCCGAAGGGCGAGUACGGGGUGUAAAGAGGUGAAAAUCGAGAAAGAUGACACGUUAAAGGGGGUGGAUCGGGCGCGAGCGCCCAAGAAACGAUUUUCCCUCGUAGCCAGUUGCAUCCGUCGGUUCGAGGGCGAAGAGAAUGCCGAUAGGGCGCAUGUGGAAAGCAUCAGGCGCAAGAUACAAGGAUCUCCCAAAACGGAGCGGGAGAGAAUAGCGCGUCGUCUUCUGGCGGAGGGUCGAGCCGCGAAUUACGAUGAGGCCGAGGUCGCUGCUAGUUUGCUGACCCUUAAGUUCGGGGAUGCGGAGGCACUUCAGGCCGCGAAAGAAUGCUCCAGUGUGGAAUCGGCGCUGGCCUUCUUGCAACAAGAGUGCGAGCUGUGCACCGGUCGUUUCGCGAUGAGUCAAAUGGUGUCCAUGCUGAAGUGCGUGCAUCGUUGCUGCAACGAUUGCGCGAAGAAUUACUUCACCAUUCAGAUUAGCGACAGGAACAUCAUGGAUGCCGUUUGCCCGUACUGCAAGGAGCCUAAUCUCAAGGACGCGAACGAAGACGAAGUUCUUGAGUAUUUCAGCAAUUUGGACAUCCAACUAAAAACUUUGCUGGAUCCACCGAUUCACGAACUCUUCCAGAGAAAACUCAGAGAUCGGACUCUAAUGCAAGACCCGAACUUUAAGUGGUGCAUUCAGUGUUCGAGUGGAUUUUAUGCCGAUCUUGGCCACAAGCGUUUAAUCUGUCCCGACUGCCGAUCUGUCACCUGUGCUUUUUGCCGAAAACCGUGGGAAAAACAACAUGAGGGAAUUUCAUGCGAAAAAUUUGCCGCUUGGAAGGACGAGAAUGAUCCUGACAAUCAAGCUGCGGGUUUGGCCAAACAUUUAGCAGACAAUGGCAUCGACUGUCCUAAAUGCAAAUUCCGUUAUUCUCUGUCUCGAGGAGGUUGCAUGCAUUUCACGUGCAGCCAGUGUAAAUAUGAGUUUUGCUGCGGUUGCGGCAAGGCUUUCAUGAUGGGGGCGAAGUGUACGGUCAGCCCUUAUUGCGCCAAACUGGGCCUACACGCUCAUCAUCCGCGCAACUGCUUCUUCUACCUCCGUGACAAGGAACCAGCGCAGCUGCAGCAGCUACUCCGAGAAAACGGCAUCGAUUACGAUACUGAAGGCCCGGUCGGAGAACGCAGAUGCAAGGUGCAAUUGCAGAAAGAAACACCGACUGGGGUCGUAGACGCCGUGUGUAAUUCUGACGUCGUCGAAGGCCACGCUGGUUUGUGCAGGCAGCACUACGUUGAGUACUUGGCGGGCCUGGUGCUCAAGGGCAGGCUGGACCCGGUGGCGAUCUUUGACUUGAACGACGCCAAGCAAGAGUUGCGCCGACGGGGAAAAGUUCCCCCUGCGAAGGACCAGGAAAUGUCCGAGCGGGAUUACCUCGAGGCUUGCAUUCAGGUCGUAAAGCAGGAGAUUCCACUGGAGUGACUUGUGCGGAGAGGAGAAUCUCGGGGAAAGAAAAAAAAAGGGGGAAAAGCGGACGCGCGACGUAUCCGAAGCCAUAAGCGACACAGACGAUCGUAUAUACUGUAUGAUGUAUUUAUUUUAUUUGCAUGGACCAUAAGCCCACAAAGUGAAAAUAAUGUAGGACCACGGAACGGGGAUAGAAUGCAAUACGGGCCGUUCUCGCCUAGUUUAUAAUGCCGAAAACUGGUUUACUUUUCGGUGGCGUGAUGCGAUUUAUAUGUUAAUUCGACGUCCCGUUCGCGAACAUUCGCAAAUAUUCGGCGAGAAGAAACAGUGUGUUCAUGUCUACGCGUUCUACUUGUUAACAAUUAAAGAUCAAACGUUUCUUUACUAUUUGAUAAUAGGAUAGAGUAAUUAUUAUGAUGUUAUAAAACUAAUUGUUUGGAGAUAUAUUUAUUUCUGCUUUAUAUUGCUGUUUUCCAAGAAAUAGACAAUUUAAUUUAAAAAAA